UUUGCCGAGGGCGCUGUAGCUGGAGUUUGCUCUUCACGGAUUCUCCUCUUGCUCUCCCAGGGAUCGGGCAACGCCGACGGCUGCCAGAGUUGACAACCGGGGAUGGAGCCUCGGCGGGCGGCGGGGUCGCUCACCCUGCCCGCGGGGCCCGGCUCCCUCUGCUUCAACAAGGACGAGUUUCUGAAGGAUAAUUUUGAUGUGGAUCAUUUUGUAUCUGAAUGCAGAAAGCAUGUCCAGUUGGAGACACUUCGCGAUGAUCUGGAACUUUAUUACAAGCUCUUGAAAACGGCCAUGGUGGAACUGAUAAACAAAGACUAUGCAGACUUUGUCAACCUUUCCACCAAUCUGGUUGGUAUGGACAAAGCCUUGAAUCACCUGACAGUGCCACUGGGUCAGUUGAGAGAAGAGGUGAUGAGCCUGAAGCUGGCAGUUAGCGAAGGGAUUCAAGCAAUAGAUGACCGUCUGACAAAAGAAGACGACAUCAGAAAGAAAAAGAUGUGUGUGUUAAGACUGCUUCAAGUAAUACGAUCAGUUGAAAAAAUUGAGAAGAUCCUUCACUCUCAAUCUUCCAAAGAGGCUUCGCCUUUAGAAGCAAGUGGUGCGCCCUUAGCUGGACAAAUGCUGGAAAGGAUUGGCACAGAGUUUAAUCAGUUACAUUUUCAUGCAGUGCAAAGCAAAGGAAUGCCCCUUUUGGACAAAGUGAGACCUCGAAUUGCUGGGAUCACAGCCAUGCUUCAGCAAUCCCUGGAAGGACUUCUGUUGGAAGGUUUGCAGACUGCCAACGUUGAGAUUGUCCGCCCUUGUCUAAGGACCUACGCCACCAUAGACAAAACAAGGGAUGCAGAAGCCCUGAUCGGUCAGGUUCUUGUGAAACCAUAUGUGGAGGAGGUCAUCAGUAAAGAAUUUGAUCAGUCUCGGGCAAAUGUUCUUAAAGAGAUGUAUGGCAAACUGCUGGACUUCAUUCCUAAACAUUGUCGCCUCCUCCAGGUGGUGACCGGGGGAGCAAUAACCGGUGAUAAAAACAAAGUGAUUCCAGGCUACGAUUUUAUGGUGAAUUCUGUCUGGCCAGAAAUGGUGCGGGGCUUAGAGGAAAAAUUGCCAUCAUUAUUUAAUGCUGGCAAUCCAGACACAUUCCAUGAGAAAUACACAAUUACAAUGGACUUUGUCAGAAAGUUUGAGUGCCAGUGUGCAUCCCAAGCAAGUGUUAAAAGACUACGCUCACACUCAGCAUACCAACAUUUCCUUGGGAAAUGGAGCCUGUCUGUUUAUUAUCAGAUCCGGUUCAAAGAAAUUGCCGGAAAUUUUGAGGCUUCUUUGUCUGAAGGUUUGAAGGAAGCACCAGAUGGAAGCGAGUUUCGGCUGCAAGUCACUUGCAUUCUGUGGCAGAACCUUAUGAAAUGCUGGGAUGAUCACAUCUUCCUCCCUCCAUUGGCUCAUCGCUUCUGGAAACUGACUCUGCAGUUGCUGGCACGUUAUGUUAAGUGGGAAGAAGAGUUGAAGAGUGCAUCGCCAGAUAAGGACCUUACUCACCCUGGGAUGAAACCUACGCCCAGCAACAGCAAUAUGGUAUUCACUUCAAAUGGAAGUAAUGAGGAAUUGGGAAAUGGGCAAGCUCAUGAUGUGAAAGCUGUAUCCCCUCUCACUAUGAGCCAACUGGUGUACCUUGUUGCCGAUCUAGACAAGGUCGAAGAACAGCUUCCUGGCCUUUUAGACCUAAUCAAUCCAAGACUAAAGGGUAUUGGCUUUCAGAAUUUCUCUCUUAUUUCAGAAGCACUGGCAGAGUCUCAGACUUCUUUGAAAAACAGUAUACCACCAUUAAGUGACAAGAUUAUUGAAGAACUCAGUGAAUCCUGUUUCAGCUAUCUUAAAAAUGCUUCUGAGGUCCCCAGGCUCUAUCGGAGGACUAACAAGGAAGUCCCAAGCAAGGCCUCCUUGUACAUUGAAAAUGCUUUGAAACCCCUGUACCACCUUCAGAAUCAAUAUAAGAGCGUUGUGAAAGAAAACCGGAUACAGGAGUGGUUAUCUGGUGCCAUUAGAAUUAGCACGGAAAGAUACUACGAAACAGUUUCUGAUGUCCUAAGCUCAGUUCAAAAGAUGGAGGAGAGUCUGAAGCGACUGAAGCAAGCAAGGAAAUCUGCAGCUCCAAGCAGCAUGGGAACAACUAGUGGCGGGAUCAGUGACGAUAAUAAAAUCAGGCUACAACUUGCUUUGGAUGUCGAGUACCUAUGGGAACAGGUCCAGAAACUGGGCCUGCAGAUGUCAUCCUUCACACAGUUUGCUGCUCUGCUGGAUAUAGUGCAAGCUGCCAAAGGUGCGGCUGCAGUUGAGCCUGUCUGACAGACUGCGGGAGCCAGGAAGAAACAACAAACUCCACCCUCUGGCUGGAUUACAACAAACGUUUCACCACACCAGCCGCUUUAAUGCUAUGUUUCACAGUUAUAAUUCGCAAGGUGGGCGGGCGUGUGUUGCAAAUCUCUUCUUGAGUCUGAGCCGCGAUAAAUCAUGAAGGUGGGAUUGCAGCUUGUAAAUCUCUGAAGGAUGUUUGUGCAACGUAGGUAUGGGGUUACUGAUCGUUCAUUGGUUUGUUGUACCUAUAAUUCUUAGUGGGGAAUUGGACAAUAUGUGGAGGAUGCAGGAUUUCAGUGGCUGCAUCAGGCAAGUGCAAUUUAUCUUUCACACUCUUUAUAUGUAGUUGGAAUUGGAACUACUAAGACAAGAACUGUGAUUUUUUUUUUCCUCCCCCCCCCCCCCCCCCACUCCAAUAGUGGGGAAGAAUGUAAAGUAAAGCAUUAUUCAAAUUCUACUAUGUCAAUGAUUUCUCAUCUUAUUUAAAUAAAUUAACAAGGAUUUC